UUGGCCCUGGACCAUUAAUAAAAUGCUGGAUUCAAUCAAGUGUGUCCUGGUGGGAGACUCUGCAGUAGGGAAAACAUCUCUCUUGGUACGUUUCACCUCUGAGACUUUUCCAGAUGACUACAGACCCACCGUAUAUGAAAAUACUGGAGUGGACGUCUUCAUGGAUGGAGUACAGAUUAGCCUAGGUCUUUGGGACACAUCUGGCAGUGAUGCCUUCAAAGGCAUUCGCCCCCUCUCAUACCAACAGGCAGAUGUGGUAUUGAUGUGCUACUCGGUGGCAAACCACAACUCCUUUCUGAACCUGAGGAACAAAUGGAUUGGCGAGAUCCGCAGCCAUUUGCCCCGCAUCCCCGUUUUGGUAGUGGCUACUCAGACUGACCAGCGUGACACGGGGCCCUAUCGUUCCUCCUGCAUCAGCCCGAUAGAUGGGAAGCGGCUUGCCCAGGACAUGCGAGCCAAAGGCUACUUGGAGUGCUCUGCCCUCAGCAACCGAGGGGUGCAGCAGGUGUUUGAGUACGCUGUGCGGACAGCAGUCAAUCAAGCCAAAAGGCAGAACAGGAGGAAGCUCUUCUCCAUUAACGAGUGCAAGAUCUUCUGAGGACCAUUGGCAGUGAUUUUGCCCACAUUCAUUCUUUCUGUCUUCGCACAAAGAUACCGUGGCAGAGAGGAAGGGAGGUGAAUCAAAGGAGGACUCCUGGCAGGACCACAGUGCAGGUGCCCCUAGUGAGACAGAUGUGCACUCUAUCUCAUCUGCUUGCCCGCUGACAC